AAAAACCUCCAUUUUCUUCUCUGUAGUGGCCGGCUUUAAGCACGUGUGUAUCUUGUCUAUCACAUUGUGUUUGAAACUUUUUUAGUUAUAAACAACAAAAUAGAAAUAGUUGGUUUAAGUUAAAGUGUCAAAUAAAAUAAAUCAAACAAAAUGAAUACAGAAAAAUUAAAGAAAAUGCAAGCACAAGUACGAAUUGGUGGUAAAGGUACACCUCGUCGUAAGAAGAAGGUUGUACAUGCUACAGCCGCAACCGACGACAAAAAAUUACAAUCAUCACUGAAAAAAUUAUCUGUAAAUACAAUUCCUGGCAUUGAAGAAGUAAAUAUGAUCAAAGAUGAUGGUACAGUGAUACAUUUUAAUAAUCCAAAAGCACAAGCAUCCUUGGCGGCGAACACAUUUGCAAUUACUGGCCAUGGUGAAAACAAACAAAUCACGGAAAUGCUCCCUGGCAUAUUAAGUCAACUAGGUCCAGAAGGUUUACAACAAUUAAAACGAAUUGCAAGUAGUGUGGCAAAUUCAGCAGUGACUGGAAAAAUUUUAGCUGAUGAAGAUGAUGAUGUGCCUGAUUUAGUUGGCAAUUUCGAUGAUGCGUCCAAGGAUGAAGUGAAGAAAGAUGAAUUGGCAAGAAAAGAAAAUGACAAGGCAAAUUAAAAUAACAAUAAAAUCUUUCUCUAA